GUCUUCAGUAAGUAAAGCGGCUGCAGUCUAGAGCGUCGGCGCGUCCGGGUAAGUUAGAAGCGCAUACGUGGUACGCCGUCGUUCGUGCGAGUGUGAAACUUACCACAACGUCGCGGUACGUCGCGAGGGUAAAUAGAUCGCGAGAUUCGCUCAGUGCGGCGCAGUUUUUCGGCCGACGUCGACCUCAUCUCAUCCCGCACAAGUUGUACUAUCAUGUGAUCAUAUCACAAUUUAAAUUCUUACGUUUAUCAGUGAAUUAAACAAAAACUUGAAUUUUUAACGUUUUUAUGAGAAAAACUGUGAUUUUUGGAUAUUUUAUUGAGACCAAUUUCACUCCGCAACCGCGCACCAACGAGGAAACAAAAUGGCGAAUCGUUUUCUAGUCACACUCGUCACGGCGUGCCUAUUUCUGCAACCCAGUUUACAAGGCGUGGAGGACAACCAGAUCGACAGCGAUAAAUUCAACGCGUUCGCGGAAGUCGCCGGCGCCAUGUUGAGUCAAUCGGGCGGAAGUGGUGACAACAAUGUCGGAGAUAUCGCCGGAAUGAUUGGGUCAUUCAUGUCGUCCGAUGGUGGGAAACAAGUUGGGGAUAUGUUGAUGAAUGGUAACGGCGCCAUGUUACUCCAGGGUUUAGCAGGGAUGAUGGCGCAAGGAGGUGGGGCAGGUGGCGCUGGCGGCGGGAUGGACCUAGGUAUGCUUGCGAAUGUUGUUAGUGCAUUCAGUCAAGCUGGAGGAGGGAAAGGAAGGCGGAUCAGGGGUUUUAAUUGGAACAGUGCAGGAGAUUUGCUUAGUAGUUUCAUGGGUCAAGAUGGGUCUAAGGAUUUCAUGUCUUAUUUACCUACGUUGAUGAAUCUGUAUGAGGUUAUGACAGGGCCUGUUGCUGAUCGUACAGCGAAGGAACACGCUGGGCAUUCGUGGAUGCUGCCACCUAUACUUGAAAAGUUGCAUAUUUUGGCUGAUCAAUUGAUGAAUUCUGAUCUGGGGAGAGAUGUCGCUGCGAAGUUGGGUGCUGAGAAGUUUAUGAAGAUAUUUUCGACUCCUGAUGGUAAAUUCAGCUACAGGAAGUUUGUGGAUAUGAUGGAGAAUCAUUCCUUUAGAAGACAUUGGAUUCAGAUGGUUACAGGACGCAUUGGGGAGUUUUUGACGUAUUUUGCUGAUCCGUACACGCAGAAAAAGACUGUUGCUACCGUGCAAUUCUUCAUGAAUAACUUCUUGAAGAGUUAUGGAAUACCUAAACAUGCUUUGUUUGACCCGACGAGGCCUGCGGAGACUUUGACAGCGUUGGCGAAUUAUUUACCGAAGAGAUAUAUUGGUAUCAAGUUUAAUUCAGCGCCGUAUAUUGUCCCAGCGGUGAAUUAUGUUCAGGAUUUGUUGCGACUGGCGGAGAACAAAGGGAUUUUGGGCAGAGCGUGGAAUGCUAAUGAGUUGACAGCGAAGUUAACAGACACGAUUAAUUUGGAGAUGAUUGAACCUUUGGCGCGUGUUAAUCGUGCGAUUAGGUUCGCGAAGAAGGCGCCACAUUGCACAAGAUAUGUAUUGUGUGUUGCCAAUCAACAUGAACCCGAUGAAAUGUUGAGUCUUCCUGGUUUGAAGAAAGCGCUAGCGACGUCGGCAACCUUCGGUGCAAGUUGGUUACUCAGCGGACAUGACAAGACGCCAUUUUGGACUGUUUAUGGCAUGGUACAAGAAGGAAAAGAUUGUGAAAGCUUUUUCAAAGAAGAAUGUCAUGAAUUCCACAUUGAAGAAGAAAAAGUGACGACUGAGUAUGUGCACAACGAAUUAUAAGAAUCAUCAUCCGAUAAGUCUUUUAUUCUUUUCAACGUCUAAUAUAAGCGUCUUUAUUUUGCUCAUUGGAUAUGCGCAUUUCCAUUUCUAACCUAUAAAAACAUAUCCAACGAGCGAAUCUUUUUUAUUUUAUUCUUGUGUGCAACUACUGAGACAAGUUGUGCGGUUUUUAUUGUCCUUGAUUUUAAUUUUUAACGCGUGUAUUAUAAAGUAUGAUAAGACAAUAACAAUAAGUCCAUACCAUUGCUGUUAAGGAUAAUAUAUGAAAUGAAUUUGUGAAUUUAUGUAUGAAAUGAGAUGAGGAAGAAAUAUAUUAGAUAACUACGGA